AUGAUGGAAGCUACAUCUGAUUACGGGAGCACGCCCAGUGUUCCUCAGCAGUUCUUGAAGCGGGUACAACAGACUUAUCAAGUUAUGCUUGAUAAAUGGACCCCGCACACUGUAUCGCGUUGGGUUGGUUGUGCCGUGUUGCUGGUCCUGUUUUGGACGCGGAUUUUGCUGUUGAGAGGAUGGUAUAUUGUGACCUAUGCUCUGGGGAUUUACCACCUCAACCUGCUCAUCUUAUUCUUGUCCCCGAAGAUAGAUCCGGCAUUGGCGGAGUUCGAAGAUGAUACUACUCAGCUCCCGACAAAGAAUGACGAAGAAUUUAGGCCUUUUAUGCGUAGAUUGCCGGAGUUUAAAUUUUGGCAUUCAGCAACGAAAGCAACUGUGGUGGCCCUUGUGUGCACGCUGUUUGAGUUCACCAACAUCCCUGUGUUCUGGCCGAUUCUCGUCAUGUACUUCUUCACAUUGUUCGCCGUCACCAUGAAGCGGCAGAUUAAGGUUGUUUCUGAAGACGACACACUUCCGCAUGUCGUCUGUCGGCCCUGUUUGAAGGAGCUUGUGCGGCUGUACAAAUUUGUGUUCAAGGCGUUGGCAACGCAAACCGAGUUUCUCCAGUUGAAUUCACACGAAAAUGAUAAAAGAAAAGUGAAGAACGUAACGAGUCCCGUUACGAAUCCUACAGAAAUGAUCAAGGAUGCCGUGAAAAUCAAAGAAGAAAAUGUCGAAGAACCGAUACCUUUGGCAUCUCCCUGCGCAAAUGAUUUCCCUGAUUCGUCAAGCGACGAAGACGGAGACAUUGAAAGAGUGAAGCCCUCCGAGGAAUGGGAUUCAUGCGGAGAUGGUCGGGCCAGCGAAUUCGAAAAAGCUUUGGAGUUGAAUCUGUUCGUCCCAAGUGACGACGAUUUUGACAUGGAAGACAACGACGAAGACCCCAAUUACACCCCUGGUGCCGGUUUGCAAGAAAAUUCAUUAAAAACUGGCUCAGUUCGCGGGAGAAGAGGGAGACCGAGCAAAUCGGCUGUAUCGGGAGUGAAACGGACUUCAAAGAGGCGAAACUUGAUCUCUGCAUCUGAAGCUGUCCCGGAAAUGGAUUUUCCGGAUGCGAUAGAAAAAGAAGCCUGUGAAGAAUGUGGGAAACGAGUAAAUUCAAAAUAUAUGGAGAAGCAUAAGCUGCUGCACGGCAAGUCGGGCGUGGAAAGAAAACCCAAGUCCCUUUUGCCUCCCGAAGAAAAAACGCAGUACAUGUGCCAUAAUUGUGGCAAGCAGUUUUCUCAGAAAGGAAAUCUGGAUGCCCACAUGAGAACGCACACCGGGGAAAAACCCUUCAAAUGUGAUCUAUGUCCCAAAGCUUUCACGCAAAAAGGUAACUUGGAUGAACACAGACGAUCGCAUACGAAUGAAAAGCCAUUUUGUUGCGAAAUUUGUGGUGUUCGCUUUGCCAGACAAGCGCAAAUCAAAAUUCAUUUGCGAUCCCACACGGGUCAUCGUCCGUAUGCAUGUAAUUUCUGUCCCAUGAAAUUUAAGCGAUUACAAACCUUGCGAAAACAUCAGAGGAUGCAUCUGGAUUUGCGACCAUAUCCCUGUGACAUGUGUGACAAGCGAUUCAGAGAUCGGGAUAAGCUCAUUGUUCAUCGACGCAUUCACACGGGGGAGCGUCCGUUCAAGUGUUCCGUUUGUGGUCGUGGUUUCUAUGAAUCCGGGAAUCUAUACAAACAUGCUAAAAUUCACCAAAAGGAUGGAGAAAUUGGAGUUGUCGACAAAUCUUUGGUUAUUGUGAACAUGGAUCUCGGGAAAGAAAGCUUCAAGGUCCGGCCAAGAUUUGACUGCUAUUUGUGUGCGACUGAGUUUGGUGACGAAAAAUCCUUGAUGGCGCACAUGGCUGUACAUGAAAAAGAAAUGAAAUCCAGGGUGCGAAGCGAUGGCCGACGUGGAGCUAAGAAAUCUAUACUAAAGGUGUUCGGGGAAUCGGUUCCGCCGGAUGAGGAGAACAUUCUGGAUUCCAUGGGUCAACCGCAGGAUCCUGAUCAUCGAAGUAUGGUGGCCUUUCCGGUGAUCAAGUUAGGAGCUUUAAUUAUGAAGCAAGUGAGUAAGCCUUUGGCAGCUGCCGUGAAAACGAAAGCGAAGAACAGCUACUUCUUUCGGACCUACGUAUGCAUGCCACCGGCCCAACUUUAUCAUUGGUGGGAUGUCAGAUUGAGGAUGUGGUCCAUGAACCUCGGUAAGCCUACCGAAAUUCCGAAACUCAACGAAGGCAUGGCAAUCGACCUAGGAGCCGAACUUUUGGGCGAAUUCAUUAUAUUCGGAAUUGCCGCAGCUAUUCUAACUGCCGAGUAUACGAGAAGUAGCAACAAGGAAGCUGCCAAAGAACUCGAAAGACAGAACAACUUCGAAGCUUUGGAGGCCAAGACAAUGGACUUGGAAUUCACCGUACAGCAGCAGGGCGCCGAAAUCAGGGAACUCACUCGUCUUGUUUACGCAAUCCCUAGUGCCAAUCUAAAACCGACUGCCGAAAAUGCCGUCAACAAAGACGAGAUGAAAAGAGAAGUGGAUGAAGAGCUUCUUUGUCCGAUUUGUUCCGGUGUGUUGGAGGAUGCGGUCCACGCCCCCGUUUGUGAACACGCUUUUUGUAAUGGGUGUAUAAGUGAAUGGCUGACUCAUCAACCGACAUGUCCAGUAGACCGUCAGGAAAUCACCGAGGCUCAGCUGAAACCUGUUCCUCGAAUCCUUCGCAACCUUCUUUCUCGCUUGCAGAUGGCUUGCGAAAAUUCACAGCAUGGUUGUAGUGCUUUAGUAAAGAUCGAUACUCAGCAGUCACAUCGUCUGGAGUGUGAAUUCAACCCGAAGCGCCCGGUUUCCUGCGAUUUGGGCUGUGGCUUCGUUGUACCCAAGGAUGAGCUGAAAGAACACAAUUGUAUCCGGGAACUCCGCGUCCUCAUUUGCGAGCAACAGAAGAAAAUGGGCGAAUUCGAGGAGGAGCUUAAGGAGCACAAGUUCAUGCUGGGUGAGCAGAAGCGAGAACUGCAGCUACUCAAGGAGUUCAUGAGGGCCAUGCGGUUGUCCAAUCCCACUAUCCGCACAUUGGCUGAACAAAUGGAGCAAGACGAAGUCGUUCGAUGGGCCAACUCUUUGCAGCGGGCCAGGGUGACGCGUUGGGGCGGUAUGAUUUCUACUCCAGACGCAGUGUUGCAGGCCGUGAUCAGACGAGCUUUAAGCGAGUCCGGCUCACCCUUGCACGUCAUCAACGAACUGAUGGAGAACACUCACGAGCGUCGCUGGCCACCCGGGCUCUCGACGUUGGAGACGCGGCAGUUGAAUCGGAGGCAGUAUGAUAAUUAUGUUUGUCGCCGCGUCCCGGGUAAACAAGCAGUUGUGGUGAUGAAGUGUGAGAAUGGGCACAUGGCCGCGGACUUGGUGCUCGAUCCCGGGUUGGUUAUGAUUUUUGCGCACGGAGUCGAGUGAUAAUCAAGUGCUCCCGAGUUGCCUUUAUUCCCGCUGCCGCCUUCGAACUUUGCAUACUCGUCGUCUCGAUCUCUCGAACUUCGUGUCAGUUUAUUUUCUCUCGUCUUUUUUUGUUUCUUAGAAUUUGUGAAAUGUUCCCGUUUUGGUUUCAAGUACUUGUUAAGUAACUGAAUUCAUUCGAUUUUCAGUAAACUAAACGCUGCUUAGCCGAACUAUGGAUAGCCUUUGACACUGCAAUCUUCCAAAGAUAAUCUGAAAUUCUUUGGUGUUGUAGAGGGUAAUUUUCAUUAUACAAUGAAGAUUGGGGAUUCAUAUUCUUAAUCUGGCGAAGUCAGCAAUCCAGUUAUCGAAAUGGUUGACGUGAAUCUGUCCAAUUUUUAACACCUCUUUCGGGUGAGGGAGGAAACGUUCAUUUGUUCAUCCAAGCUUUCUGCGAGUGGGUUUCCCACUAAUUUUCUACGCAGAAUCAGAUUUAGAUUCACGCUCGCCUUCGGGCGCUCAAAUACAUUUUGAUGUUAGUUCAAAUUUCUCUUGUGGUUGUGCGCUACCAAUUUUUUAGGUUCUACUAAGAAAUUCUCUUCGAAAUUUUAAAUGAGUUUUCCAAGUUUUCACGUAUUGAGGGAACGAAGGAAAGGACAUUAUUUGGGUAGACUGUUCAAAAUUACGGGUAUGAAUUUUAAACACACUUUACUCUUCAGAAUAUUUGUUCAGGUCACGAUUGAUAUGUUCAGUUUCGCUGUGUACUAAUUUUGUCGAACACUACUAAAAGAUUGAUGAAAACAAUGUGAAGAGAUCGCAGGUUGUCGACGAAUUUCUAAAUCCUUCUGAAAAGUGCACGAUGUAUUUGUUUCAGUAAUCGAGACGAAAAUUCCGAUUUAACUUAAUUACACAGUCAUCUAAUACGUUUUAAAGAUUUAAAAGAUCAAAAAUUGUGUCUAAAACACCCGUGGGUAUGCAAAGUGGACGACAGCUGGACUGCCAUCAAAGUUAUCGAGGGGAACCCAUUUCUGAGCGUUUUGGUGCUUGAUGCGAGCACUGAUUUCCUAUCUAAAUAUUUUAGUACUUUCUUCUGGCGAUGAUUUUUUUGCACCGACGGGAAUCGUCAAGCUGCCCGGGACCGUUGUGACCGACGCUUCCGUUCAGUCGCAAUGUUUGAAUAUUCUUAUUUUGCUACUGGCACUCUAUUGACAGUGGCACUAAUGUUUUUUAUUGAACUUUUGGCUGAGCGCUUUUUUAUUUCUCCACGUCCGUCCUGUAUUUUUUCACUGAAAAGCCUUCGCAGAUCGAAGAAAUGCGUAUCACGCAACUGAUCUCUUACUUACGUACUACGCUCUGUUCGCUCUCUCGAUCGCGCAGUGAUGAUUCAUAUUAGGAGCUUUCAAAAAUUGUCUAAAAGUCAACGGAAACGAAGGGAAACGAGGAAGAAGAAUAUUAUUUGGGAGAACGGCUGGAUUUUUUUUUUGGUUUACCAGUUUGGUCGUGAUGUAUCUUGCGUGGCAGAGCAAACUUUUUUGUAAAACGCAUGUGCAUCGGCUGGCGUUUGUACUC